GAAAUUUCCGAUAGCACUUGACAUACACACCAGCGCCUGACUCAUCAUCAUCAUCAUCCUGCAGCAGCAGCUGAUCCUCCUCCGGACCUCCACCGCGUCUCUUCACCGGGUCUCAGCCACCGUCAGCCGGGCAAUGGCGUCCAGGAGCUUCUUCGUGGGAGGAAACUGGAAGAUGAACGGGAACAAGGAGAGUCUGGGAGAGCUGAUCACCACCCUGAACACCGCCAGCCUCCACGACCAGACCGAGGUGGUGUGUGCUGCUCCCUCCAUCUACCUGGACUUUGCUCGGUCCAGUCUGGAUCCCAAGAUCGGGGUCGCCGCCCAGAACUGCUACAAAGUGGCCAAGGGAGCGUUCACAGGGGAGAUCAGCCCGGCUAUGAUAAAGGACUGUGGGGCAGACUGGGUUGUCCUGGGACACUCGGAGCGCCGCCAUGUGUUCGGGGAAAGCGACGAGCUGAUUGGCCAGAAGGUGGCUCACGCUCUGGAGAGCGGUCUGGGUGUGAUCGCCUGCAUCGGGGAGAAGCUGGAGGAGCGGGAGGGCGGCACCACAGAAGAAGUCGUCUACGCUCAGACGCAGGUCAUUGCAGAGAACGUGAAGGACUGGGGCAAGGUGGUGCUGGCAUAUGAACCCGUGUGGGCCAUCGGCACAGGAAAGACAGCCACGCCCGAACAGGCUCAGGAGGUCCAUGAGAAGCUGAGGGCGUGGCUGAGAGCCAACGUCUCAGACGACGUGGCCGACUCCGUGCGCAUCAUCUACGGAGGAUCAGUGACGGGAGGGAACUGCAGGGAAUUGGCGUCUCAGGGCGACGUGGACGGAUUCCUGGUGGGCGGAGCUUCUCUGAAACCGGAGUUUGUCGACAUCAUCAACGCACGUGCCUAACGGAAACGCGAACAACGGCUCCAGCAGGACCAAUCAAAACCACUUUGCCCUUUAGAUCAUCAUGUGUCACUGUGUGUCUACAGCCCGGGCCGACUGAUCCACAGACAGAUGCUCCACAAAACACUGAUAGAAUAAAGGAAAUAGUAAAAGUUUUUUUCUCUUCUUUUAUUCUUCAUUUGUGGGAAUUUUAUUUGUCAUAUUAAACAGUAAAACUAUUUUUUUCCUUUUUACCAUUAAGGCUAACACUUAAAAUACAUCUAAACUUUAAUAUCUGUGUUGAUUUUAAGCAUUUAGUUUUUCCCAUAGCAGAUCAGAGAAGCGUUACUGUGUUGUUUCCUAAUGUCAAUUUUUUGGUAAAAUGACAGAUAUAGAGGAUCAGUCAGUCCAGGUUGUUUUGUGUGUUUGCUAAUAUAAAGUGUGUCUCACCUAACUGCACUAACUGUUACUUCAGGGUCUGUAAAAAUAAAAGCUGUGGACAGAAUGUAAUUAAAUAUAUAAUGCAAUGUGUAUACAGAGACAAUCUGUCUGCUGAUACUCGGUUUUGAAGAGUCAGGGACUUUUAUUGUGAAGUCGUCACAACAGGCACUAAAGAUUUAUGUGGUUUAACACUUAACAUUGCUGCUGUAUGUUUAACACUGAUUAAUGGGGGGGUCAGGACGUCUGAGCAAUGGAGGAAGUAAACAAAUAAAAUGAUAAUGAGGAAAAACUAAAAUUUAAUUUUAUCUUUCAUUGACUCUUUGUAUAUAUAUAUGUGUAUGUAUGUAUGACUGUAUAUACGGUAUAUAUGUAAACUACCAGUGAACCCAAGUCUUAAUGAGUUGUGAGCAAGUCAUGCAAUCCUAUGUUUGUAUGUAAACUUAGAAGCAAACCAAGUACAGCCAUUGACCUUCAGCUUAAUUGUGAUAGUUUUUAUCAAUAGAAAAGUAAAAGGGGCCCAUUGAAGUCAGGGGUUCUUAAAAUGCUAUUUGAAUGCUAUUGUUGCAUUCAUAUGUUUAUUUCAAUUUACCAAAUAAGAGAUUGUUAUACAGUUAGUUAGUGUUCAAAUUGCUUUUUUGCUUUUCAUAAUAAUGGUAGUAUAUCAUAUGAAUAGAAAAUGAUAGCAUAGAUUAAAUGAGGUGGAAGUACUUGUUUUUUAGCCCUGAUUCCUGCUUUUAAUUUAAAGGUCCAAUAUUGUAUAAAGGUAGAUUUCCAUGUGUUGUUUGAUUAUAAAGCAGGUCUAGGUUCUAUAUUAAUACUGUGAAAAGUAUCAAAGCGCUCAUUCCACAGAGAAAUGCACACAGCCUGUAUUCAGAAACUGAGCCUUAAAACCAGCUGUAACUUUGUGAUGUCACAACAAAGCUGCUAUAUUUUUAUCGGAUCACCCAGAAAUCAGAAGAGAGGCUCAGAGCCUGGGAAAAUCUGGGUCCGUCAAAGGUUUUAGAGAUGGAAAUCACGGGUUCUGCAGAGGCGUCACUGGAUUGUAGGAAAAGCUUCUGAGCAACAAACAGACACACAAAAAAGACAAACACCUUAUUUGUGAUUGAAAUUGUAAAUUACCAUCUUUUUAUUUCACAUAUUUUCACAUUAUUUUCAAUGACAAGCGUUCUGUAAGUUUUUUUUUUUUUUUAAUUCUCUUUCUUCUUUUUCAACACAGCUAUUCUAUGGACAUUCAGGAAGAACCGAAGGAACAAAGGGACUCGAGGUUUAGUGCUUUUUUUUUUUUUUUUUUUUUUUUUUUUCUUGAGGACAGAGUUGGGACUUCGAGCAUGAAGAACAAAUAAUCAGAAUCACAUCAGGGAGAUUAAGAGAGUUUGAAACUGAGAAACGGACACGACGAGAAGAAAAAGGAGACGAAAAGAGAGAGAUAGGGUAGAAGGUCAGAAGUGGGUGGAGUGCAGGUACGUCAGUGUCCGGGUGAGUGUGUGACACCACUGAGUGUGUGAGUGUUCAGGUGUUUGUGUAGUUUUUGUUGUUUUCUUCACUCAGUCCCUGAAACGUCUGUUUUGUGUUUCUUUCUGCAAAUGCAUUGUCGUUUUUUUUGGUGUUGAAAAUUUUAUUCAUUUUUUAUUUUUCAUUUUUAUCUCUUUCAGUUGCGUGCUUCAGUCUACAUGAUUCUAUAAUAUUUCUACUUUUGUAUCUCUCUGUUU